AAUCGAAAAUUGGUGGCUACUUUUUGCAAAUUCCUAUGAAAAAGGGGAAAAAAGGAAAUAAAUGGGUUGUUUUUGGGCCAUGAUCAUGUUAGCCCAGCCUAGAAUCUCACUUCCGAUCGUAAUUCUUACAAUCCAAUCUUUUCGAUCUCCCAAAUUCCAAGCUUGAAGCCCUUUCUUCAGAUUUGCUGGUUCUGCUUCCGUUUCUUCAUUUUUCCGUUUCGAACAAAUCACGAUUCACAUCACUGCUCAUUGCUAUUGCCAUCGCCAUUAUCUGAAGAACUGAUGAGCGUUGACGGAGUUGCUUCGUCUCCGUAAUCUGCAACCCUAGCUCUCACUUCAAGGGAAGAGUUGCACCCUUAGGUGGAAUUUGACUUCCUGAAGGAUCCAAAUUUCAGAAGGCUGAGGCUGGGUUCUUGAUCCGUUGAAGCUAAGGCGGAGACACAAGAUAAUAUUCUAUUGCCCUUUUUGUUUCCUUUUCUCUUCACCAGCUAUUAGCUUCAGCAUAUAGGUACUCUCAGAUUCUUUCCUUACUCCAUCAAGGAAGAAUUGCAUCCUUAGGUGGAAUUUGACUUUCUGAAGGAUCCAGAGUUCAGAAGGUAUUUUGAAACUAUUAUGGUUCUAUAGAGUUCUGUAAAGCUUGGGCGAUGGCUUUUUGUUCUGAGGAGGAAAAAACUGAGGAUUAUCUUUUCAAGAUUGUUUUAAUUGGUGAUUCAGCCGUGGGAAAAUCAAAUUUGCUCGCUAGAUUUGCUAGAGAUGAAUUCUACCCUAAUUCAAAGUCAACCAUUGGAGUGGAGUUCCAAACCCAAAAGAUAGAAAUAAAUGGAAAGGAAAUCAAAGCUCAAAUAUGGGAUACAGCUGGUCAAGAGCGAUUCAGGGCUGUUACGUCUGCGUAUUACAGAGGAGCCGUUGGAGCUCUUCUGGUGUAUGACAUUAGUCGGCGUCAGACAUUUGACAGCAUUGGGAGAUGGCUAAAUGAACUUCACACUCAUUCUGACAUGAACGUAGUAACCAUUCUGGUUGGCAACAAGUCUGAUCUCAAGGAUGCUAGAGAAGUACCUACAUCUGAAGGGAAGGCUUUGGCAGAAGCUCAAGGUCUGUUUUUUAUCGAAACCUCAGCCCUCGAUUCCUCUAACGUGACGAAUGCGUUUCAGACAGUAGUGAAAGAGAUCUACAACAUAUUGAGCCGAAAAGUUAUGAUAUCUCAAGAACUCAAAAAGCAGGAUGUGAGCUGGAUGGAGGAUGGAAAGACUACUGUAGUUAUACAGGGAGAGGACAUAGUAAGUGAAGAAGAGCCCAAGAAAGCUGGAUGCUGCUCAUCUUAGUAACUUUACAAAUUCGAAUCUGUUCUUUCAUUUAUUCUGCUCAUUAUAUUAGCAGCAUUUGCUACUCAUCUUCCACAAUGUAUCUUCUUCUCCAUUUGGUUGAAUUUCUUUAGCUGGUGAAUCUUCUUUUUUAUCUUAUUUUUCUACCAUGCUGGGUAACAUUGAUUUCAUGUGUUCAUGGAUUAAAGUAACAUAGGGGAAUUGAAAAAUGUAAAUGUGGCCUGAAAGGGUUUAAUUUUUUCUAAGUAAUAUUGUUUACCUUGUUCCAA